AUGGAACUCAACCGAGAACAUUUUCUCGCCAUAAUUUAUUACAACCUCCAGAGACAAUUAUCGCAACAAGAAUGCCUUGCUGAGUUACUGUCUGUUUUCGGUAACGAAGCGCCACAUCAGUCGACAAUUUCUCGUUGGUAUGGACAAUUCAAACGUGGACGGGUGAGUCUUAGGGACGAUCCCAGGGUGGGUGCACCAAAAACGGCAGUCACCCAGGAAAACGUCGAUGCUGUGCGCAAACUCAUCCUUGAAGAUAGACAUGUGACAUAUCGCGAGAUUGAGACGUCCUUGAAGAUCUCAAAGACCUCAAUUAAAAAAAUUUUACAUGAAGAAUUAGGAGUAAGAAAAUUAGUUUCACGUUGGAUAUCCCACCUAUUGACUGAAGAGCAGAAAGCAGCCAGGGUUAAUUGGUGUCAAAAAACGCUUGACCGUUUCAAUUCCGAAAACUCAAAAAAUGUGUACAGCAUUGCUAGUGGUGAUGAAUCGUGGAUUUACGGUGAAGAAAAGCCAACAAAAGUCAUCCGUUCUCGAAGUGUUUCGAAAAAGAUGUUCGCGACAUUUGUGUCAAAAGCGGGUCAUAUUGCAACAUUUUAUCUUAAUGAGCAAAGAACUGUUACUGCGGAUUGGUAUACUAUCAUUUGUGUGCCAAAAGUCAUCACCGAGCUUCGAAAAAUCAACCUCGAAAGAAGAAUCAUCCUCUACAAAGACAAUGCAAGCUCGCACACAGCCCAAAAAACAAGGCAGUAUUUAACGGAAGAAAACAUGGAAUUAUUGGACCAUCCUCCAUAUAGUCCCGAUCUAAGUCUUAACGAUUUCUUUACUUUCCCGAAAAGUAAACACAGACUGCGUGGUCAAAGGUUCCAGUCACCAGAGGAAGCAAUUGACGGAUUCAAAAAUGCCGUUUUGGAUCUGCCAGCAAACGAGUAUUAA